UUUUGUUUCGGGCAUAAAUAAAUUAUUGAUUCGCCGUGUCCUGUCUCUCGAGUUACGGCGGUGUAGAACCCUAAUUCUCUGCCUCCUUUUCGCCGCCGACUCUAGAGUUAUGAAGGUCUUUCAUCUCGACGGCGAAAACACACUCUCUGUUUCUCUCUUCUCCGAUGUUACUAACUCCAAGGAGCUCUUGAACUCGAUUCUAGAUGGAAGUCUGAAGCUUGAAGUCUCAUUUCUCAAUGCCUUACUCAUACCAGAUGUUUUCCCUCUCUUAGCUGCCGCUCAGAAAGCACUCGUCUCCAAAUCACGUGAUUCGUUAUCAACACGAACUCUUCAUUCUGAGUUGGUCUACAACUACUCCGGAUCUAAACAUAUUACAGAAUCGUUGAAACGAUGUGGGAUAUCCGAGACUACUACUUACAUUCUAGCUGCUCGGUUCAAUGCUUCUCCCCUUGAGAUGGAGGAGGUGGCGAAAUUGAUCAAAGGGAUGGAGAUUGACUUGGAGGAGUUAAAGACGCAAGCAAAUCAAGCCCAUAUUUUAAAGCAUUACAAGAUAACUAGUCAAGAACUUGGGAUCUCCUCUCUCGGUGAUGCCAUUGUUUGCCGGAUCGCUGCACGCGACGCUUUGUAAAAGAAGACAUCUUUCUCUGUUUAUUUCUUUUUGUCACCAAACACUUUUUUUUUUUUGUAAUUCAUUGCAUUGUUCUUCUUACGUCAGACCAAAUAUGGGUUUCCUAACCUCUUUAUUCCCUGUCGUAUGACUUAAUCAGAACAAGAAUCUUGCUCA